UGCAUGUACUUUAUCACAGCACACACUGCUGCACAUCAUCACACACACACACACACUGCUUCACUUCUUCAUCUGCUGAGAACAAAUCACUGAAAACUGAAGAUGGGAAAAAUUAAUGGAUGCCUCAAAUGUCUCUUCAUCUUCUUCAAUGUGUUGUUUGCUAUCGUUGGAUGUUUGCUGAUCUUCACGGCAGUGAAGGCCACCAGCAUCAGCUACCAGCUGUCGGCGUUCGGGACCCCCGGUCUGGGAUGGCUGUGGGUGUUCGCCAUCGGCGUCCUCGGCAUCUCCUGCCUGGGAAUCUACGCAGGCUGCAGUGAGAAAGGCAUAUUCCUAAAAAUAUUCGCAGGCUUCAUGGGGGUUGGGAUGGUCAUCAUGCUGAUCUUUGGCAUUGUUAUCGUUGUCGCAAGAAACAAGAUCAGAGAUGAGUUCAAGAACAUCUCCGCUGAAAUUGCAAAGCCCUUAAUGGAAGACGAGGGACUGAGACAGCUGCUUGAAGGGAUACAGAUGACUGCCCAGUGCUGUGGGCUGUCGAGCGCCAGCGACUGGGGAAAUAAAAUCCCUGAAUCCUGUGAGUGCAGCUCGCGUGCACCUGGCCUCUUCGGAGGACAUAGCAAAUGUAAACCCAAACCUUUGGGAACCAUGGGCCCAUCCGAAAUUUAUGAACAGACCUGCAGUGAUGCCAUCUUUUCAUGGGUGGACCUACUAUUGAAGAUCGUCAUGGGCUUCUUCUUUGGAUUUUCCGUCACUGCACUGCUGGGCCUGGUGGUCUCCUUCCUGAUGAUCCACCAGGUCAAACGUCAUGACAGCACGGGAGGAUCGUCCAUGGCCAUGAAGGGCUACUGAAGGGAACCACCCUCGACCCCUGACCUUUAACCUCUGCACUGUAAUUAGAGGACUACACGGUCAAUAAAUCACUCAUUUACUUUUUUUACGACAUUUCUGCCUUUUAAGAGAAUGAAACUGAAAGCCGGAGACAGAAGGACGAUGCUGCAGGAACAUUUCAUUGCUUUCACUGCUUUCUAUUGUAGAAAAUCUUGCUUGAAGAGCAAACGUUUAUUUUUUUGUGAAUUAUAUUUUUUGUUACUCUAUGGCCAGAAGUAUUGUAGUAGUCUUACAUAACAGACAUAUAUUGUAGGAAGGAAGCAGUUCCUAAGCUCCACCCUUCUCCAUAUCUGACUAAAGCUCUAUCAUCCGGAGGAGGUCAUAACACCCCCUAGUGGUUUUAAAAGCAUUAAUAGGGUAAUUUGGAAAAUCUGUGUCCUUGGCGAACUACUGUAGCCAGCGAGCUAAUUGCUAACACACUUAGCAGGCAGCAACAUGCUAGCAUAGUCUUUCACCUUUUCCAGCUAGAUGUCAGAAACACUAGUUACACAGUUAACUGUUACGGACCCAGUGAAAGGUCAGCUAGCAAGCUAGCUAACUGCUUCUUAACGCGCAUGUGUUACACCUGAAGCUGUAAGUUUUUUGUUUUAACCACAGUCAUUCAACUUCAUUUCAAAUCCCAGGAAAGGUGUCCUGUAGCAAUUAGUCGUAAAUCCGACCAAUCAGCAUACAUUAGAAGAAUGCUAACAUUUUAUGGGCAAAAUUGCAUUCCCUGUAAGAAAAACAAAAAGACUUUAAGACUUUGAUUUAUUGCUGAAUAGAUCCUGUAUCUGCAAAAACUAUAGAAUAUAGAACCAUAGAAUUUGGGCUUUUUUUGUCUAAAAGCAGGUGUACAUAAUUAUUUUAACCGUUUAGCUCCAUUCACUCCAAUUCAUUAACAAAAAAAUUAAGUGAGCGCAGUGAAUUGCAGCAGGUUUCGGUACAAUGGCACAAACAGGAAGUGGACAGGCUGUGGUGCAACAGAGCUAACUGGCUAAUAGGAUCAAGUCGUCCAUUUUGAACUCUCCAGUUUUUCCAUUCUCUAAAAAGGUCAGCACUGUCAAGACUGUGUGCUGUUGUAUUCAAAAUGUAUUUGUGGAUUUACUUGUUCCUGCAAUUAAAUUCCAUUGCGAGGGGGAAACUGCUAACUAGCUUAGAUUUAAAGCUGCCUUGUUAUACAUAUUGUCAAUGUUACUAUUGCUUUCAUCUGCACUGAUAAGAGCUUUUAUAUGAUUGCGCUUAGUAUUAAAUUUCUAGCAGCGAGACACAGACAGUUGUAAGAUGAGGAUCGUCCUCACCUCCAGUGUUGUAUUUUUUAAAACAGCAACAACAACAAUAACAAUAACAUAGCUCCUCAGGUUAGUUAAGUGUUCAGGUCUCCCACAGGCAGUGAACACCUCACCACCAUUUACAAAAAAAAAAAAAUAUUUAAAUAGAAGAGAAAUACUAUGACACAAACUGUUUUAUUGUGAGAUCUGCACUCAUUUAAUUUCAGAAUAAACUCUGAAUGCCUACACUGUA